UUUGGAGCAGAGAGGGCACUCAGGAGGGGCAUCCUGAAAACAGAGGAGAGGGAAAAUCAAUCCCCCAGAGACCUGGGAAAUGGCUAACAGCCCUUGGAGCCCACACUGCCAAUCUCUAUCAGACAAAGAAAUGCCCCAGGGCUCAGAGUGACAGGGCCCAGGCUGAAGACAGCAACGUGACCAGCAGGCUCACGCCCCUCUCCGGGUCUCUGGACCUGCCCCGGCUCACUCCCUCCAGCCCGCCAUCCCCGGCUGAGGCACCUGUUCCCAGUCUCGCGGUUGGUGGCGCAGAGCGCGGGUCCGGACAGCGCGGACAGCCGGAGCCGGAGGAGCAGGUCCCAGGAGCCCAGCUUCGCAGCGCACCUGGUGGUGAGAGCAUCGCCCCCCAGGAGAAGGCAAAGAUAGGCCCAGGAAUCAUGGCGUCCAAAGAGCAACAGGUCUUAAAAGAUCUCGCUGUGCAGAACGAUGAAAAAGACCACGCAGGAAAGAAGGCCUCCAAGCAACGUGAAGAAGAAGAAUUGCAGCUCUUGGAAGAGGUUAAAAACAAGAAGCCUGGGGGAAAUAUCAGAAUGGGACUAGUCAGGCGACUUGUGCCUAAUUUUCGAUGGGCCAUACCAAAUAGACGUGUUGAUCACAAUGAAGGGGGAGAGGAUGCUGGGAAGUUUGUAGGACAGGUGAUGGAAGUCAAGAGAAAGACUAGGGAGCAACAGAUGAAGCCUUACGGGCGUUUCCAAACACCCGAACCUGACAAUCACUAUGACUUUUGCCUCAUACCUUAAAAACGCAGUUUUUCACUGAGCUCAUAAAGUGGCCUCUGUUUUACAAGCUUGUAUUUAGUGAGGUACUUUUUCUGUAAACUUUCGGUGUUUCCGCCUAACUGUUUCUAUCCACGUAAACAUGUUUUAUUGUUGCAUUUAAUUCUAAACAUUCCUAUCAGCAUGACAAUUUAAUGCGGUUUAGAAGGAAAUCUUUUUUUUCAUGAAUUGAAAUUAAUAAAGCAAUUUAAAAGGCAGUA